CAUACGUAUGUUAGAAGAGUUGACAUUUAUAUAAAUUAUUACUAAAAAUCAUUAAUUAUCAAUAUUACAUUAUAAUUUGGGAAUAAUGUGGUUCAACAUUUUACCUGGAGCCAUCAUUAUAUCUACAUGCGUUGGAUUGCCAGGAUUCGGGCUUUGGUGGUUACACUAUUUGGUCCUAGGAAACCAUUACAGGCGCACUCUUGACUCCAGGUGGGAUCGCCAUAUUUACCAGAGGGAUCUGAGACUCAAUGGAGAUCCCUACAAACUAACUGGUCUGGAGACAAUUGAUGAUUGAGAGAAACAUUUAUUGCAGUAGACCUAAUUGAUUGAAUUAUGUUCUAUAUUAGAUAUUUUUGUUGCUAAUAAACACACAAUAAUUUA